CAUCAUACAGCAUACACAAUAGUUGUUUUGAAAAGAAAUAUUUUUCGACUUAAGCAGUACACAUAUACAUAUAGAUUUCUAUAAAACAUUAAUUCCUGCCGGUACUAAAUUGUAUGUUGCAUAGGUCGAAAAUGUUAGUCAAUAGUUUUGUAUUUACGCGCGCAUUCAGCGAGUUCAGCGCAACGGCUUUGUUUAUGAUUAUUAGCUGUAUGGGCGGUGCUACGAACGACCAGGAUGGCGCCGGAUCUUUAAUCUCCAGCAUGAUCUACGGACUGGCCACUGUUGUGGUAAUGCAUAUCUUUGGAUUUAUAUCGGGUGCACAUGCCAAUCCGUGCGUGACAAUCGCUUGCUGUCUACUCGGCCACAUCGGGUCCAGCAUGAUGUUCACCUACAUUUUCUGCCAGUUGGCCGGAGCAGCUUUUGGAUACUUUCUGCUAUUGCAAAUGCUAUCGCAAGGUUUGACCAUUGGCGUUUGUAUUGUAGAGCCAUUGGAUAGUCUGUCCAAUGUACAAAUCGUGGCCAUUGAGGCCUUCCUCACGUCGGUACUGAUACUCGCCUGGAGCGCACUGUGGGAUGUACGUAGCGGACGCUUCCUCGACUCGGUCACCCUACGUAUGGGCUGCCUGGUUACCCUAUGCAAUUUGGCAGGCGGCAAGCUCACUGGUGCCUCUAUGAAUCCAGCCAAAGUGCUCAUUCCACAACUUUUCAACGGAGAUCCGGAGAGUAUAUUGCUCCAGCUGGGCGGACAAAUGUUAGCUGCCUUCGUUGUGCCUCAAAUUUGGCAUUAUGCCUACACACCAUGCUAUAGACCCCUACUCAUUGAAAAUGCCGAAAUAAGGAAUAGGUAUCUCCAACCAUAAGCUUUUUUUUUUUUUU